UCCAUCUGGGGCCGAGCGUCGGGCUGCUGUUCGAGCCGGGAGUUGGGCGGACGGCAUGGGCUGGUCUCAGCGUCUGUUUGGCUCUUUGUGGCGAGUGCUGUCAAAGGAAGUGAAGCAGCACGUGGGCACGGACCAGCUCGGGAACAAAUACUACUAUAUCCCGGAGUACAAGAACUGGAGAGGACAGACUAUUCGAGAGAAAAGAAUUGUAGAAGCAGCACAGAAAAAAGAAGUAGACUAUGAAACAGGGGAUAUCCCAGCAGAGUGGGAAGCUUGGAUUAGAAGAAUGAGAAAGAUUCCGCCUACUAUGGAGAAAAAAAAAAUACGUACUUUCCAGCUCUAUCCACUGAAAAGGCCUAGCAGCAGUCACAGUUCAGUAGCAAUUAACAUCUCAUCCCAGAUUAUGGACGUUAAACACCAUUUCCCACUAGAAGGAACCAGGGCUCCUCGGAGAAGUCACUGGCUCCAAAUCUGAGCCAGGACCAUACAAGGGGAGCCUAGGACAUCUCUUCACAACAGAAAGCAGGGAAGCAAAAAGACUUGUGUCACCAAGGACACAGGAGCCACCUGAAAGGGGCUCCCACUGGCCAAAGACGGGAUACAUUUGAGCAUCAAAAAGGAAAAAUACUAAUUAAGGCAAUGGAUUGAAACACAUUAAAUAUAUAAAAAUAUAAGUUCAUGAUAGUAAAAAAUAUUAAUCAGUAACCUUUGAAAGUUGCUAGGGUAUAAACUUACUGUCCUGACUAUUUCAAGCAUUUAUCCUGCUUUCUUGUACAAAUUAUUUCAGUAGUCAAAGAGUUGAUGCAGGAAAAAUUUUCUUAUAUAAAAUUUCCAACUAAUAAAUUUACAAACAAUAGAAUUAGAAAGAUUAUACUUUGUAACCCCUAAUGAAACAAUGCAUUAAGCGGUGAUCAUCAGUGGAUACUUAAACCAUUAGGAAGGUCGAUGGAAUAUUGGGUAAUAGAUGAAUCAGGCUGAAACCACCGACUUCAUGCUUCUCCUGAUGUGAUACGCCUGUGAAGUUUUCUUGCCCAAAGAACCUAAUCAGCCCUCUAGAUCAGGGAUUAACAAACUUUUUUGGUAAAAGGCCAAUUAGUAUUGCCAUCUUUUCUGGGCCAUAUGUUCCCUGUCGCAGCUACUCAACUCUGCUGUUGUAGCACAAAAGCAGACAAAAAUAAUAUGUAAAUGAUAGGUGUGGCUAUGUUCCAAUAAAACUUUAUAAGAAUAAGAGGUAGACCGGGUUUGUCCCACCGUCUGCCUGCCAGCCUCUGUGCUGUAUCAGUGGUUCUCAGGUGUGAUCAGUGGAGCUGCAGCAUCAGAAUCACCUGGGAGCUUGUUAGAAAUGCAAAUUCAGAGCCCUUGCCCCCAAACUAGUGACUCAGAAACUCUGGGGGUGUAGCCCAUCAAUCUGUGUUUUAACAAGCCCACCAGAUGAUUCUGAUAUAAACUAAUGUUUGACAACCACUGCUCUACAUCUAAUUGCCUGUUUUCAUGAAAUACAAGGGUAGAGAAACACGUUAAUACACUGCAAGGAAUAUAAGUAACCAAUUUCAGAACAUGGAAAAUGUUUUAAAACUAAUGAGCCUUUUUUCUCCCAACGAAUAAAUCAGCAGGGAUGGGGUGAGGUGUACAUUCCUAGCUACUGGCCUUCUCCAACUAAGUGGAUUCCAGAGCUUGAGGCGCUCACUGUUCAGGAUACAGAAUUUUCCUUAACCACCUCCACUCCCAUUUAUAGUCUGGUGCUUUAACCCAGUCCUCCUCUGCCUUCUGUCCUGCAUCUAAGUCUCUCUAUAUCAGUUUCUCCAGAGAAUAUAUCUUUUGGCUCAUUUGGGAGUGGAGAAAUGACAGAUACUUAACUCCUGGGUUGGUUGUGAGGACCUCAGCCAAUUCUUACACAGACCUUGAAAUAGUCUUCCACACUUCAUUCCUACUUCUGGUAUUUCUAUUUUCUAAGUCUUUUUGGUAUUCUCCAUUCUCCAGAGUGAAUUGCUUUUUUUCUCAUCAGUAUCCCUCUUUUCCAAGCAUUUAGGUUUGCCCUUCCUAUAUACAACUAACUUAUUUGCUAAUCUUCCAUUUAUUUCCAUCUCUUAUGUUGUGAUUUGCUAUUUUAGAUAAUACCUUGAUUAUCAAAAGAAGGGCUUGGGGUUUCUAAUCUUGGUGUCCCUUUUAUUUAGGGGGAGGUUUUCAAAAAGAAAAGGGGCAAAAUUGGGACUCUUGGAAUGGAAAGUCUGGUAUGUAUGUGUGGAGCAGUCAUUAAUUUCAUGAAAAGCUAGUGUGGUCUUUAGAACAUAAUUUGGGAAAUGCUUCCUCACCUUCAAGUUGUUUCUUCUUACCCAGUACAGUCUCCAUCUGCCUCUACCACCUCCCUGAAACUCCUCUUUCCAAGGUCACCGAAUACCUCUUUGUUGCUAAAUCCAAUGUAUAUAUCUCAAUUCACCUGCCCUUUAUUCAGCAUUUUCUUUCCUUGAAUUUCCCUCCUUUUGUUGCAUCUUUACUGUGGUAGUUUUGGCAGAACCUAAGCAGGAAUUUAAAUGCAAGUAGUUCAUUUGCGACCUAAUUCCUGAAAGCAUCAGAGUGGAAACACAGACAGGGAAAGGAGGAAAGUCAAUGAGGAGUACUUUAAAUAAGCUGGGAAACUGAGGCUCACUUUUGAUGGAGACUCUCUGACAGGCUGAAUAGAACACAUCACAGAAUUGUCCCACUGAGGAACAAGGAAGCUGAGGUAUUUAUCUGCCAGUUCCUCACUGAAGCUCACUCCUGAGGAAUGUUAACUCCCUGGUGUUUUCAUCCUGCCCAUUACGGGAAGAUGCUCCCAUAGCUAGAGAACGCGCUCAAACCAAGAGAUGCAGAAACCAACUGCAUGUAAGUAAACUGUUCAGAAAGCUACAGAGUGAGCUGAGAGAAUUUGGGCAAGGCAUCAACAUUUACUACUCUAACCAAUGCUUUUCUGAUUUUUCUGUCAUUUUUUGGAUCUUUCUUUCAGUCCUUUGCUGGUUCCUGUUUUUCUCUUGUCUCUUACAUUUUGGUGAUCCACACAAAAGGAUCUGUGCUUGGCCCUUGACCCUUCUCAUUCUCGACCCUUUCCCUGGACAAUCUCGUCCUUGGCCAUGGUUUCAGCCAGCAUAUAUGCUUUCAGAUUUCUAGCACCAACCUGUCCCUUGAGCUACAGACCCAUAGAGUCAUUUGUUAAUUCAUUAAGCAAAAGUUUUUUCAAUGCCUGUGUUAUGUGCGGAAACCCUUGUGGCAUAGUGGUUAAGAGCUACGGCUGCUAACCAAGAGGUCGGCAGUUCAAAUCUGCCAGGCGCUCCUUGGAAACUCUAUGGGGUGGUUCUACUCUGUCCUAUAGGAUCGCUAUGAGUCGGAAUCUACUCGAUGGCAGUGGUGUUUUAUGUUACGUGCUAAGCUAAGUGCUGGGGAUGUUACAGUGAACUGUACAUACUUCUAGCCCUUGGAUUUUAUACUCUAGUCAAAAAGCCAUAUAGAAAUGCAUGAAUAAUAAAGAUUAAUAGAUAUUAUGAUAAACACUAUGAAGUAAACUCGUGUUGUACUAACAUCUAAUUGGGAACGACACUAGAUAGAUUAGCCAGGGAAGUGCUCUUUGAGAGGUUGAUCUUCCCUUAAGCAUGAAGAUCGGCUAGGCAUGUGAAGAAUUGGAAGAAAAGUCUUCCAGGAAGAAAGUACAACAGGCAGGAGACAGAAGGGACCAAAGUGAGGUGUAAUAUGUUUGAAGAAAAGAGUGUUCUCCAGAGAGGCUGGAGUGUUAGGAGCAAAGGGGAAAAUGAUAGGAAAUGAGAUUGGAAAGGUAGGCAGCAGACAGGUCAUGUGUGGCCUUGUCAAGAUUGGAUUCUCCAGAAUCAGACAUUGAGGUAGAGUUGGGGUGCAGUUGUUUAUUAGGGAUCCUUGUGAAAGGAAAGGGGAAGCAGGAAUGGACAGAGGACAAAGUCAAACUGUGAUGCAGCAAAGCUUCGGUCAAUGCAGUGAGGAGCUCUGGAGCAAGAGGUGCCCAUCAGAGUUUUUCCCCAUCUGGUUGAAAUGGCCAGGCCCUUAUCCCCCUGGCUGUCUCACUCGGUCUCUGGAUGUGGGCUACGCUGGGAAAGGUGUGACCCCUAGCAAGGCAGCUCUUGGCAGAUGAAUGAAGCAUAGCCUCAAGUCAUUGACAGGUGGCGGCUGUCUGCUGACUACACUCUGUGCAGCUGGGAAGUAAGUCUGUCCUUGAAGGGGGAUCUGAGCAGUCUGCCACGGGCAAGCCUGGGUUUUGUUCUAAGGAUCCAUUAAAAGGUUGUUAGUGGGACGUGGCAUGGAAGGUUACUCUGUUUGCUAUGUGAACGUUAGAUCAUAGAGGACCAAAGAGACCUAUUAGAAGGCGAUUGCUGUCAAGGCAAGAAAUGCUUCUGGCAGUGGAGAUGCAGAGAAAAGCAGUUUUUUUCAAGAUACAUUUUGGAGGAAGACUUAAUAAGAUUUAGUGCUAGGUGGAAGUAAGGGAAAAUAGGAGUAGAUUUAGUAAAUGUACGUAGUUGUAUAAAAGAGGCUGAUUCAGCAGCUGCUAGCUAAAGUGCCACCUCCCCCAACAGAGACAUCUCACUGGCCCCUUCCUCCUCCUCAGAUCCUGCCCACUGGUGUGCGUUUGGAUAUGUCAGAGAGGCUACUUUGAGAGUAUGGUAAUUAACUUUCAGGGCUGCCCCUCUCUAUAUAUGUGCAGGGCUUGCUGCCUUGGAGCUUGUCUGUACCUCAGCAUCUUAGGAUAUGGGGUAGGGUGAGGCCUGACUGAAACAGGCAAAGCUGGUAGUGAUCAGGUUACAGUGUGUGCUCAGGCAGCAAGUCUGUAUGCUGCAUGCUGUAAACUGUGUGCCAAGCGUGUGUAUGGCUUCCUGAGAACUGUGCGAGGCAGUCAUGAGUACUGGAAAGAGAACUCAGUGGAGGCAGAGCGUCAGUUUCCAGUCUAGUCUUUUUGUGUGACCCUAAGCUAGUCAGUUCUGUCUGAGCCUCAGUGGCCCUUUGGACAUACAGUCAUGCAUCAUCCAAUGUCCAUGAUAUGUUCUGUGAAGUAGGAUGUCAUGUGAUUUGGACAUUGUGCAAACACCACAUUAAACACUUGGCAAAGCUGUAUGGGAUACCUUUUGUUUCACUUCCAAAUUGGUACUUUUCCUUUGCCUUUUGCUGCUGCUAUUACUACUGGUUUUGCUGCGUUUGGGAGCCAUGAUGCACUUCAUAGUAAUAUUUUCGAAAGAAAAUUAAACAGAGAGGUAACACUACAACACUCAAGAAAUGAGAGUUGGAUGCAUGAGGUGGGAUGCUCUCCCUAUGAGUCGAGACAUACACUGUUAUAUGGUAAACUUUUUAUUUGUAAGUAGGGGAAGUUCACAUUAAAAUAACAAUAGAAAGUAUAGCACAGUACGUAUAUAAGCCAGUAACAUAGGCAUUUAUUAUAACUAUCAAGACAUAUGUGUUAUAGGUUAUAUACGUACUGUACCACUGUAAGCCUGGCAGCGCAAUCACUUUGUAGACGAGAGACAUGAGAUACAUGUGUUGCAUGCGGGAAGCUGUUUCAUUUGCUACAUCCAGUUAUAUCUGUUGUGAUGUAUAUGUGGUCAGACAUUGCCUGAACAGAUGUUCUACACCAUAUGACUUAUGUAAUUUAAAAUAGCCAUUUCACAUCCACGUGGAAUCAUAAUUAAAUAGUUAAAUAAUGAUUCUGGAGCUUGGAGAGUGGCUCUGGAGCCCGGCAGUAUAAAUUUGAGGUUCUUCAGCAUGGAUAGACAGUAUUUAAACUCAUAGAAUUAGAAAUGAUUACUCAAGGGCAAAGUAUAAAGAGAAAAAAAAAAUGUCAGUUGCCAUUGAGUCAGUUCUAACUCAUGGUGGCUCCGUGUGUUGUAGAGUAGAGCUGCACUGCAUAGGGUUUUCAAGGCUGUGACCUUAAAGAAGCAAAUCGCCAGGCCUUUCUUCCAGGGGUCUCUGAGUGGGUUUGAACCACCAAUGUUUUGUUUAGUAGUUGAGCACUUAAUCAUUUGUGCCACCCAGAGCUCCAUGUAUAGAAGAAGAGGGCCUAGAAUUGAGUCUUAAUGCACUUCAGUGUUCAGAGGUUUGGCUGAGAAGGAGCUAACAGUUUGCUACAAGAUAUUGGUUAUUUUACAGACAUCUCACAUUUGGUAUGUGUACACAGAACUCCUCUUUUUCUGUAUUCCCUACCAUGGUUAAUUUCAUUAUCCUUCAUCGCUCAUCAGAAACCUGGGGAUUGUCCUGGCGUCCUUUACCUUCAUGUAUAGUUAGCUACCAAGACCCUUCUCAUUUUGAUUAUUUUAUCAGUCUGUCUUUCCUCCCCAUCCUCAUGACUAUUGCCUCGGUUACCGCUCCGAUGCCGUCUUGCAUUUCUGCAGUAGCAUCCUAACUGAUUUCUCUAGUCCAGUCUUCCUUCCCUCCAAUCCGAUUUCUGCAGUUGCCAGUGUCUUUUUUAAAUGUGGUAUAGGGUUGCCAGAUAUAGCAAAUAAAAAGAAAGUACAACCAGUUAAAUUUGAAUUUCAGAUAAACAAUUAAUAAUUUUAAGUGGAAAUAUGUGACGUAAUAUUUAGGGCGUUUAUUGUGAUGAAAAAGUUAUUUGUUGUUUAUCUGAAUUUAAAUUUAGCUGAGCUUUAUUUUGUUGUUUUUUGUUUUAAUCUGGAAAUCCUACUCUUGCUUCAAAGUUCAAAAUGUUUUAUCAUUGCUUUCAGGGUAAAAUUCAAACAUCCUAAUAUUGCAUCACAAGAUUCAGUGUGGUUUGACCUCUGCAUAGCAUACGGGCCAUUUACAGAGUCCUGAACUUUCUUUGCUGCUUUACUCCUCCAUAACUUUGAACAUGUGCUUACCUUUUCCUAGAAUGCCGCCUCUCUUCUUUGUCCUGUAGUUAAUUUCUUUUGACUUUUUAAGACGGGGGCAUCACCUUCUCCAGGAAGUCAUCUGGAAUUCUCUAGUCCUCAACCCGUGGAUAAUAAUAGAGACACCUUCUUUUCUUUUGCAUCCUCUUAACAUUCUUUGCCUAAUAUUAUCAGAGAUUUUAUCAUAUUGUAAUUUCAGUUAAAUAUUUACCUGUCUGUCGUCCAUUGAUUGUGACUUUCUUGAGAACAGGGUAAAAACUGUGUUCUUUAACUCUGUGCCCUUGGUGACCAGUGGGCUCUCAAUGAAUGUAUGAAUGAACAAAUGAAUGAGUGAAUGAGGAAGUAGGAAGGGGUCUGGACACAUUAGCUACACAAUUGGCCCUUGUGUGCUUCCCCAACUGUUUUCUACCUUGACUGCAGAAGGAGAAAAAAAUGCAGAAGGAGGCUGUGCUAUAUCAGACCACUUCCUUUGCCUGUCCUCUUCUGCCCCUCAUUCUGUCCCCUCCCCACAAAGAAGCUCCAUAAGAGUGGGAGCCAGGUUAUGUUCUCCUGUGUACCCCCAGGGCAUUGAAUUGUAGAUGCUCAAUGUAUAUUUUUUGAAUGAAUGAAUAAAAAUACAUGAAUAGAUAAGUAUGUCAUACAGGGCCACUGCUCCUGUUGUCCCCUGCAUCAGGGGACAGUAUCCCUGCGUCAGGUCCUGGGGAAUAUAACCUCUGGCCACUACAUUGUUGAUUCACUAGGGCAGGCUCUGUAAAGCCUGAGCUGCAGCCUCUCUAACUCUGUGUUUCACCUCUUUUUGCCCAACUCCUCUUCUUCUCUCCCUCAACCUAGAAGAGCCUCUUUUGUCUCCCACAGUACCUGGAACAUAACAGCUCAAAACUGUGAGCAACCAUUCACAGAGGGAGCCUCCUCUUUUUCUCUGGGGCUGUAGCCUCUCUGCCAUUUCUUUUUCUGUCUUGGAGGCCAGGCCUGGGAAGCCAUGAGGACCUGACAUUGCGUUUUCUCCCAGGGACUAUCGUCUCUCCCCUUCGCACACAAGGAGCCAAGGCUUUCUUAAUCUCCCGCCAGGGCAAUUCAAUUAAAUAGGACCAAAGUUAAGUGACUCUAAUUAUGUUUUAUUAAUUUAUAACUGAUAAAUUUCCUUUUCAAUUAAAUAAUGGUGUUUUUAUGCUUAGAGGUUCUUUUUUUUUGCAUCUGUAUGGAAGUUCACUUAUUUUAUUAAAGGAAAUACCACCUACAAAACCAUUAAUGACUUGAGUUCUGUGAUCAGUUCAUCAUAGUGACAUUUCAGGGUUUAAUAAUUAAUUUGGCUCAAGUUCAAAGAAAGAAAACUCACUGCCAGAAAUUCCUAGCCAGCAAAGAAUAUAAACAGUUCUUACAAUUGUCCCCUCAAAUAACAGGAACCAUUGAGAUCAACUUCUUGCAAUUAGAAAUGUUUUGAAAAAAGGCAGGAGGAAAGUUCAAGAAAGCAUGUCAAAACAACAAAACUCAGUCUACAUUUUCAUUAUUGUAAUUGAUCAAAGGAUGUUUGUAAUAGAUUUGAAUGUGAAUAAAUUAAACGUGACAUUGAUUUGGCAGAGGCACACCAGUGAUUGGCAAGAACACAUAGCAGGAGCAGCUUCUGCUAAAGUAUAACUCGCUUGGCUGUUUUUCAUUCUAAUAGAUUUCUUAGCAACCCAGUGCUAUCAUGCUAACCUAAGCUGUCACUUAUUUACCCUUUUGGCUUCUGCUCCCAUCCAGGCAAGAUUAAAUUCAUUUUUGAUUACUAAUCUAGCAGGCGUUGCCUUGGAUCUGAAGACAGAGUACCUUUUGUUGACCUAGGUUCCUCCCCCACUUUUUCCCUUUUCUCUUUUAUAGAUGGAAAAACAGUGAUCUAAAAAUUUAUUAUUUCAUCCUGGCAGUUCAACUUGUAGAACUAGAAAAUGUAGUUUAAUUAAACAAUUUGGCAAUUUUUUCAAGCUUAGGCAUCACAAUAGCAUUUGCUAGGCCUGAAUUUUCUCAGCAUGUUACAGAUUUGACACUGUAAAAAGAAUAUUCAGCUUAGAACAUUUUUGAAAGAGUUGUACAGCAAAUUCCCAUUACAAUUAUGUUGAGGGUGGGGGUUGUGGCAUAUUCUGGGAGGAUACUUUCUAGGUGAGACCAUCUUACUGAUUGUCUAUGGUUUGAGGUCCUGAGACAUACUUCAUGCCAUUUCACUUAUAAUCUGUUCACUUAAAUCCUUUUGUAUUACUCAAAAUGUUUUUUUAAUUGACUCAAAGCCACAUACUUAUACUUUAAAUUUUUUAAUAUAGAUUAAAAUAAAAAUUAUUCAUUAUUAUUCACAGUGGCUGCAACAAUAGGCUCAAACAUAAUGAUUGAGAGGAUGGCACAGCACUGGACAGUGUUUUGUUCUGUUGUACAUAGGGUCGCUAUGAGUUCGAACUGACUCGACGGCACCUCACAACACCAACAACAUGUAUAGUUUGAAUUAUGGAAAGGAAUUAAUGGACCUAGCUAAGUCAAGUAUAUUUGUACCAUGUAUAGCACAUAUCUGAUAAGAGGUGAAAAACGGGAUUUGGGAGAAUGUAUUUAAUACUCAAAAGAUUUUAGAAAGUUGAUCUGUUUCUCUAAGACCAAAACUUUCAUUGUAUCUUUAUCUUAUGUGCACUAUGAAAAGUAUUCAUGUAGCUUCAGUAGUUAUUAAAGAGAUUUAUAUUAUGCUGUUGUCACAAAUAUAUUGCUAAUAUAUCAUCUUUAAUUUUUAACUUCUUAAAAAUUCAGGUUCCCAUUUUUCAUAUGUAAUAUAACUUUAGUUUAUGCGUGAGCUUUGUGGAAUGAACCAUGGUUUUGUUGCCAUGAAAGACUUAAAAAAGAACCCAGUGACAUAAACAGUUUUAUCAUUAUCCAUAAGACUGACUCCUGGGUCUUUGCUUGCUCUUACAGUCAACUUUCGAACAACAAAACUCUACUGAAUUUACAUUGAAAUGUGUUUAGAUUUUGUCUUGGAAUGUGUUUUGUACGUAAGUUUGAACAUAGUUAGAUAUGUUAUAUUUGGAAUUCACACGUACUUGAAACCAAACAUUUAUAAAUACUAAACUCCAAAGAACGUGGAGCAGGAAAUUGAAACAGAAACAGGGUAUGAUAUGUAUAUACAUAUUCUACUUCCCUUUUUCCUUACUGAAUUGAUAGCACUUUUAAAACCAGUUCAAAAAACAAAUAAAAUUUUAUAAUUUUAAGUUUAACAUCACACUAUCAGCAUUAUAUAUCAUAUAUUUAUAAUGUAUUAUAUAUAUAUAUAUAAUUAUAUAUCUUUAUAAAGUAUUACUGAAACAGUCCUUGAUAGAAGAAUUCUCAGUUGACUAGAUUGAGUCUUAAAGAGAAAAAACAGGGUUAAGGAUUGAGAUCUUGAAUGAUAUGAAAACCUUAUUCUUUUUGUUUUGUUUAUACACAUCACACACAAAUAAGCACACUAAAGAAAAUUCUGACAUUUAUGUAUCUUAAAUUAGUAAUAAUAGGUACUUCAUUAUUUGUGUUUACCUUUCCUUGUUCACUAGGUAUAUGUGUACUAACAGGUAAUAUUCAUUAAAUGUUUUUGUGUAUAUGCUUAGAUCUGCAUCCAAAUAUUCAAUUCCAUUUUUAUAAUCUAGAUUCAGGAUUGUUCACUGCCAUAACUCUAGUCCAAGUAUGGAUCCUAAGACACAGAAUGACUUGGAUACCUGAAACAGAAAAAUCUAAUGUCUAUGCUAUAAGUCAACGUAUUAGUAGAUUGCAUUUUUUUAAGCCUUGUUUUUGCUGUGGUUUUAUUCAUUAACAAACUUUAAAAGCCUUUUGUCAUUGCCACACACAUAGCAAUUUGGAAUGUUGAGUACAAUAGUACAGCUACCAAAAGGGCUCUUUAGCAGGGUUGACCCACAGCAAAAUAGCAGCAUUUAAAGGACUUGAGUUACAACCACUUUCGAGGGCUGGAGUUCACAUUGCUGAAUUAAUGAAUAGUAUUGGUGGUUUAUACAAUAAAUAACCAUUAACUUGUCUAUGCUACAAAAACUGUGGUGAGCUUGUUAAAGGCAUCCAGAGCUCUUUUCCUUUUUUGUUUCCUUUUCAAUGUAACCCUUCACAAUGGUAAUUUAUAUUAUAGUCUUGACAUCAAAAAAAUAUAUAAUUUCAAACAUUUAAUAUAUACUUUUUACAACUGAGUUUGUGUUUUCCCAAUAUUGAGACUCCAUAAACAACUCAAAUCUAAGCUAAUUUACCCCAACUGAACACCCAGCUACUGUCUGUUGAAAUAAGAGGGAUUGUCACAAAACAAUGGUCAUCCUUAAAAAAUACAUUUAAGGAAAGUUUUGAAAUACAGAUUUUGAUACUGAUGAGUAAUUAAAAUGAUCAAGUCAUGCUGUCCCUGUUGUCAGUGUGUUUUUCUCUCUUUGUCCCUGAGAUUGGUUGAGAAUGAUUCCAUGUAAUACUUCACUUCAGGGGACCCUUCAAUGUGUCCAUUCCAGAAGGCAUUGACCUCAUGCAUGACAUUCUCAUUGUCAACUCCAUGGGGCUCAGCUUCAGAUGCACAAGAAGGGCCAUUGUUGGCAUAUGGCUCCAAAUCCCAGGCCAGGGCAGCCAGGACAGUGGUGAAAGACAUGGAAGGUUUGGUGGGCAGAAGUUCUUUGUUGAGUGGGGUAGGGAACUAAUAGGGCAUUGUGUACCUUUCACAUAGCUGUUAAUUUAGGGGCUACGUAUGGUCAUGACUGUCUUCUUGCCUUUCAGGCUGUGCUUCGCCUCAAACCAGAUGAUUAUUGGUAUUUUUCCAAAGCUUGAAAAGUCCUCUUGGUGGGGAUACAAUCAUAAUAAGCCUCAAAACCCACAACAGUAAUUUCAGUGGACAGUGAGAUGAUGCUCCUCAUGUGCUCAAGGAACUUGGAGUGGGUGUACAUAGAAUUCCAGGCCAUCCAGCACCUAUCGGAGCAGCCAAAACUCUGGCACUUUUCUCCACAGUAAGGGCCUUCAUUCUAAUAUUUUCCAGUGGUAUUUAUUCCUUUAUGUAGAUUUAGUUUCCAUCUUGUAUCAUUUUCCUUCAGCCUGAAGUACUUCCAUUAAUGUUUCUUGUCGUUUGCUUCUUGAAGUUUGCUCGUGACAAAUUCUGUCAGCUUUAUUUAUCUGGAAAUGUUCUCAUUACGCUUUCAUUUUUUAAAGAUUUUCACUGGAUAUAGAAUUCUAAGUUGGAAAGGUUUUUUGUUUUCUGUUUUUUAGCUUUAGAGUCAUUCCAUUGUCUUAUAUCUUACACUGUUUCUGAUGAGACCUCAGUGGUAAUUCUUAUCUGUGUUUCUUAUAUAAAUGUCUUUUUUUCUGUGGCUCAUUUUAAGAUUUUCUCUUUCCAUUUGUUCUCAGCAAUUUGAUUUUGAUAUGCUUUUUUCUUUGUACUUGUCCUGCUUGGGUUUUGUCAAACUUCUUGGAUAUGUGGGUUUAUUUAUUUAUUUUUUUUCCUGUUUGGAAUAUAUUUAGUUGUACUUUUGUGACUCCAAUUACAUAUAUGUUAGACCACUUGAUAUUGCCCCACUGCUCACUGAAGCUUUGUUAAUUUUUUAAAAACGCUUUUGUUCUCUCUUGCUUCAUUGCCUUAUUUUCAAAUUCACUGUUCAUUUCUUCUGUAGUUUCUAGUCUGCUGUUAAGCCCAUCCAUUAAAUUUUUCAUUUAAGAUAUUGCAUUUUUCACUUCCAGAAGUUCCAGUUGGUUCAUUUUAAUAGUUUCCACUUCUCUCUUCUUCAUGUUCAUUUUUCCAUUGAAUUCUUGGUCAUAUUUAUAAUAGCUGUUAUCAAGUCAUUGUCAGCAAAUUUCAUCACUUCUAUAAUGUCUUGUCUCUGUUUCUAUUGACUGGCUUUUUUCUUUUUUCCCUCUCCUAGUAAUGUAUCACAAUUUCCUGCUUCACUUUUUGAUUACAUGAUAGACAUUAAAAUAUUAUAUUGUUUAGUGUCUGGGUUUUGUUGUCUUCCUAUAGGAAAUGGUUUGUUCUGAAGGUCAUAAUUUACACAUGAAUUAGCCUGACCUUUUGGAAGCUUAUAUUUAAAUUUUAUUAGGGUGAAUCUGGAAUAGCACUGCCUGAUAGAAGUUUCUGCAACGAUGGAAAUUUUCUGUAUCUGCACUUCCCAUUAUGGUAGGCACUAGUCACAUCUGAAUAUUAAACACUUGAAAUGUAGCUAAUGUAACUGAGGAACUGAAUUAUCUUAUUUUAAUUAACUUAAAUUUAAAUAACUACAUGUGGCUAUUGGCUACCGUAUUAACCCAGGGCAAGCUCCAGUAGUUGUUCAGCUUACAGCUUAGACCUCCAGUUGUUCUUUAGCCAGAAGUUAUCCUUCCUGGCCUUGUGGAGUCUCACCCUACACAUGUGCAACUUAGUAUUCAGCUGAACGCUCAAGUGGAUCCCUAUCCAGAUUUCUAGAACUCUUUCUGUAUUUCAUAACUCCAGCUUCCUCAGCCUCUCUGAAUAAACAUGUCAAUCUCCUCAACUCAGUGAGACCACCACACUCUGCUUGGGUUUCCCCACCCUGUUCAGUGGCCCAUAAUGUGCCUCCAGGCAGAAAGAUGGGGCAAUACAGUGCUUAUCUCAUUCGUUUCCCUUCUCUCAAUGAUCAUAGUACUGUACUGUAUCUGAAACAAUUGCUUAAUAUAUUUUUGUCCAGUUUUCUAGUUGUGUAUGGCAGGAAGACUAAUCUCGAACCAAUUAUCCCUAUUCGUCUGAAACCAGUAGAUUACAUUUUACUAACACCUCUAUUCUCAAUCCAGUGGUGAUGGCUACUGCCUUUGUUGGAGGCUGUAGCACAUAAAAACAUAAUUUUUCAUCCCAGCAAAAUUAUGAAUUUUGUCUGUCUGAUUGAUGUGGGGAUAUUACUAUUUUUAAAAUUUGCACAAAAAAUAAUUAUUCAAUGUAUGGCACAAAUAAGUGAGUUAAAAUUUUAAGUACUUAAACAAAAAUAUAUCUAUUGAGACUAUAUUCUGAGAGGAGGAAGAGGGUUAGGUAGAGGUUUGGUAUGGUUAUUUUUAAUGGAAUGGAAUAAACAGUCACUGUUUAAAAAAAAAAAAACUCAUCUGUACCCUCUUCUGUUGUAUUAUUUUAUUAUUCCCAACCAGCAGCCAGUUCUUUCCCAAUCUUCACAACAAUCCACUGAGGUAAAUACUGUUGUUAUCUCCAUUUUACAUGUGAAACUGAGACACAGGUUAAAUACGUUUGUAAAGUCACACAGCUACUAAACUGGCAGAGCUUGAAUUUGUACCCAGGAAGUCUGUCUUCAGAGCUCAUGUUCUUAAUCACGAUGCUAUACAGACUGUGCAGAGGUUGGUGAGAGAGUGGCCAGGGGAGAUUGUGACAAAUAUAAUCGUGGUAGUUACAGAUAGCAAGAGCUGUUUGAGUGUGCAAAGCAGAAGGAGAAAGAAAGAACCUGGAAACUGACAACUGCAUAAUGAGAAAGAUCAUGGGGGAGCAGAGGCAAAAGAGAUUGAGACGUACCACUGGGUAUACAGAAUGUGUGGGAAAGCGGGGGCUUAAGAGUGAGACUGUGCAGUGGAAAAUAAGUAAUGUAGUGUAGAAAUAGAAGAGAAGCAAAAAAAGUACUGUUUAUUAACAAUUUGCAGCAAGGACAGCCAUCCCAGUAAUAAAUAUUUGUAGCUAAACAUUGAGAAAAUUUCAGAGGACCUAGCAAUGUGAACAGUAUACAUAUCAGUAUCUUAGGUAUAAAUAUUUAUGCUGGCAUAGUUAUAUAUAAACAUAGAUUCACACUUUUGAAUCAAUAUUAAUGUUAGCCUUACAUUAGAAUUUGGAAGAGUCCAUAAUCUGUAUAGACUUGUCAGCCUUUAAGGUAAAUCUAAAGAUUGCUUAAGAGGAGCAAAAAAGAAGAUAGUUCCGGUUGGCAUCAUUGUUUUAUAAAAGCAUAACCAUCUUGUAGUACAUAGUCAGUCAUCUUAGAAAACAUACUACUGAUCAGUUAGC